AUGAUUGGAUCCUUAGCUCGCUGCUGCUACUUUGGACAAAGGAGCCGUUCAGGCUUACGGUUCUGCAGUGGACAGGGUAAGCCGCCCAAAGGUUUCGAGGGCUUCUUCAAAGGUAGAAGUGCCAAGGAGGCUGCGAAACCAGCUGAAGCCGCAAAGGAGAACGGGGCAAGCAAGAGAGGCCCGAAGGAGACUCCAGAGAACCCAAAAGCUGAAGAGGUGAGCAAGGAGAAGCAAGGUGGCCCCAAAGAGCACACGGCCAAAGAAGAAGCGGGCAAGGACAGAGCCGAAAUGGAAGGAAAAGAAGGGCCCGAGAAGGGGAAGGACAACAAGGAGUCUCCAGAAGCACAAAGGAUUCGAAUGAUGGUCCUGGCAGCUGGAGGAGCGUUGGCAUUUGGUUUGUCCUACUUCCUGGCUGGCGAAGCGGAAAGCACGGGUCAGGAGGUUACAAUGCAAGAAAUGCUUCGAGAGUACCUCAUGAAGGGCAAGGUGGAGAAGAUCCAGAUUGUAAACCAGGGCCUGGCGCGAGUGUACUUGCGCAAGGACACAGCUGGGCCGGAAGUGGUGACCAUCAAUUUGGGCCGGCCCGAAGCUUUUGAGACGAAGUUGGAGAACGCUCAGAAUGAGCUUGGCAUUGCUCCGUUGGAGCACAUUCCAAUUCAAUACGUGUAUGAGACGAACUAUCUUGGCGAGAUCUUGCCAUACGUCCCAUCCCUCCUGUUCUUGCUUCCGCUCCUGUGGGUGAGCAGGAGUCUGGGCAGUGGCUUGCCGGGAGCUGGUGGCCCUGGAGGGCGCAAUGUCUUCAGCAUGGGAAAGGCAUUUCCGUCGCAGAAGAAAGAUGUGAAGUCAAAAGUGCGGUUCGGUGACGUUGCCGGCCUGGAGCAGGCAAAGGCAGAGGUUGUAGAGUUCGUGGACUUCCUCAAAAGCCCAACCAAGUACGAGAAGCUUGGGGCGCGUGUGCCCAAAGGUGGGCUCUUUGUGGGACCGCCUGGCACCGGGAAGACUUUGCUUGCCAAGGCUGUCGCGGGAGAGGCAGACUGCCCAUUCUAUUCCAUGAGCGGCUCUGAUUUCGUGGAGAUGUAUGUUGGUGUGGGUGCAUCCCGCGUCAGAGAUCUUUUCAAGCAAGCACGGGAUUCCGCGCCAUCGAUCAUUUUCAUUGAUGAGAUUGACGCGAUAGGGCGGAAGCGAGGAAAGGGUGGCUUCACAGGUGGAAAUGAUGAGCGCGAAAGCACGUUGAACCAGAUGCUGGUGGAGAUGGAUGGCUUCACGUCUUCGACGGGUGUGGUGGUGCUGGCAGGCACAAACCGCGUGGACAUUCUGGACAAUGCGCUGCUGCGGCCUGGACGUUUCGACCGGCAGAUUGCCAUUGACAAGCCAGACAUGGCAGAACGCGAAAAGAUUUACAUGGUCCACCUGAAGCCAGUAAAGUUAGAGGGCAACCUGAAGCAAGAAGAUAUUGCAAAGCGAAUGGCAGCUUUAACGCCGGGGUUCGCAGGGGCCGACAUUGCCAACGUUUGCAAUGAGGCGGCUAUUUUUGCUGCUCGACGAAAAGGCGAUUCCGUUACAAUGGAUGAUUUUGAGCGUGCCACCGAAAGGGUCAUCGGUGGGCUGCCAAAGACCAACAGCCUUAUGAGUGCUGAAGACAAGCGGACAGUCGCUAUCCACGAAUCAGGGCACGCUGUGGCAGGCUGGUUCCUGGAACACGCAGAUCCACUUCUCAAAGUCUCCAUACAGCCGCGGUCCAGUGGCGCGCUUGGCUUCGCGCAGUACUUGCCCGCCGAGUUCAGCCUGUACUCGAAGGAGGCAAUACUUGACAAGAUUGCCGUGUCACUGGGCGGCAGAGCAGCUGAGGAGCUAUUUGUUGGGAAAAUUUCCACCGGUGCUUCCGAUGACUUAGACAAGGUCACAAAGAUGGCGCACGCCAUGGUAGCUAUUUAUGGCAUGUCGGACAAGAUCGGUCUCCUGAAUUUUGGCCAGAAUGAUGCCAGCUCACAGUUUUACAAGCCAUACAGCGAAGCAACGGGACAGAUGAUCGACAAAGAGACGCGGGAAGUAGUGGACCAGCAGUAUGAGAGGGUGAAGAAGCUGCUGCUGGAACACCAGGCGAAGCUCAUGGAGCUCACCAAGAGACUUGAUGCCAAAGAGACUCUGGUAUACAAUGAACUCGUUGAGGUUUUGGGAGAGAGACCAUAUGAAAUGAAGAAAGAAAUCAGUGGCUUCGUGACUGCGGGUGCGAACCCCUUUGCAACUGAAGAGGCGACUGAGGAGAAGACUGACGAAGGCCCUCCCAGCGGUGGUGAUGGCCCGGCGACUCCUGUACUGCAGCCUGCGUGA